UACACAACAGCCCUUUAAAUAAACAUAGACAAUUACAUAUCAUUCACAUUGAAAGCCGAAAUGUCUACACCGUCCACAAAAGACCGCAUCCUAUCGCUCGUCGAACCAGCUGUGAUUCUUAGCAUGGCUGUAAAGGCCUACAUCCGCGUCCUCCUCGAAUCCAUCACCAACGGCCAAGGAUUAACCAUCUUUACCCACCCCCAAAUCCUCCGCGACGAAGGAUUCAGUCGCUUUUGGUUGGGAUUUAGCUCAACCCCAACGCGAUCAAACCCAGCCCAACUAGAAGGUUCCGCAGCUCUAAUCCCACCACUCCUCGCCCGCCUCUCGGGAACAGUAUUAGACGUUGGUCCCGGCACAGGGGCGCAGAUGCCGUAUCUAGCUGCGCGCCGGGAGUAUGUAAAGGGUAUUUAUGGUGCGGAGCCGUGUAAGGGACUACAUAAAGAUUUAUCUGCGAGAGUGUCAAAGGAGGGGUUAGAUGGGAAGUAUCGUGUUCUGGGGUGUGGGGUUUCGGUGGAGGAACUUGUGCCGGAGUUGCGGAGGGAGGGGCUGAUUUCGGAUGAGGGUACGGAUAGUGUUGAGCAGUCGAUGCAACUGGUUAAAGAAGAAGGUGGUAUAUUUGACACGAUAAUCUGCAUCCGCGUUCUCUGCUCCGUGCCUGAUCUAGAGCAGCGCGCGAAAGAACUCUAUACACUGCUCAAACCCGGCGGACAGCUACUCGUCGCGGAGCACGUGGUUAACCCCUGGCGGACGCCGAAGGGCUCGUUCAUCGCGAGAUUGGCGCAGGGACUGUAUGAGUUGCUGGGGUGGCAGUGGUUUAUGGGGGAUUGUUGUAUGGUUCGGGACACAGAGAGGGCGUUGAGAAGGGCUGCUGAGGGAGAUGGGGGGUGGGGGGAUGUGGAUGUUGAGAGGUCGUUUGGGUGGUCGGCUUUGCCCUAUAUCUCGGGGGUUUGGGUUAAGAAAUAGUCCGCGACUCUUGGUAGGAGUGUGAUGAUGGAACGUGUAUGAUGAGGAUAUGUGGAACAUUGGAUCAUCGUAUCAUUAUCAUUAAGGAGUAUAAGCAUAUAGUACAGUACCAUACAAGAAUACAUCAAACAGGUUUCGCCCUCCCCGGCGGCCAGAAAUUAAACAGAUCCAACGCC